CGCCUCUUCACAUUGAUAUCACCACUGCAUUGUAUCGUGCUCAAUAGAUAGAGGCAAGGUCCACGAGGUAUUCGUUUGCCUCUUCUCACUUGAUUGUCUCUUACAUCCGUCACUUAAACACCAAUUUGCUCUGGUUUGCCCCUGCCUUUUCUAUUUUAGACACUGCAUGGCCCAACUGUCCUCUGUUCAUCACACUUCAACAUGGAUAUAGACAAAUACACUUUUCCCUCUCGCCUUCUGGAUGUGCUGGAAGCCAUUGCGGAAGCACAUUUUGUGUCUUUCGAUCUAGAGCUCUCAGGCGUGCCUGUCAAGGGACAAGCCAAGGAGAAACCUGGCAAGCCCUCACUCCAGGAGCGCUAUCUUGAGACCAAGAAGGCCGCCGAACAGUAUCAGAUUCUGCAAAUUGGUCUCACGUGCGUCAAGGAUGAUGUGCUUCAGGGCGCUUAUGUCUGCAAACCCUUCAACUUCAACCUCAGUCCCAUAGUGGAGGAGCGCUUGGAUGUUGACCGCACCUUCUCUUUCCACAGCGGAGCGGCCGAGUUCCUGCUCGGAGUCGGCUUCAAAUUCGAUCUUCCUUUCACCUCUGGAGUCCCGUACCUGUCCAGAGAUGAAGCUCAACUUGCCGAGGAUAGAGCUGCUGCAAGGAACGACAAAUCGUCCUUCACAGACAUCGAAAUCAAACCAGAGGACAUCCAGGCAUUGGAGUUCCUUAGAAGAGUCCGCUCCGAAGUUGAUGACUGGUUGAAGACUGGACAGCCAAGUGCUCACUCGGUCGUCAUAGCUCCUCUGGGAACCAAUGGCGCGGAUGCCAAUCCAGAGUUGAAUCGCUUUGAGAGAAGGCUGGUACAUCAGAUCGUUCGCGCCGAAUACCCCAACCUUGUCAGUAUUCCCAACAGAGGCCUUGUGCGCGUGUCUAGACUUGACCCGGAACGCGAGGAAUACAUCAAGGCCCAAAGGAAGAGAGAAGUUCAGGACAGGAUUGUGAGACAGACAGGAUUCAGGUGGAUCGUCGAAGCUCUCUGUGGAAACCCACCCGAAGGUGUUGAUGUCAGAUCAUUCGCUCAGACUCCCGGAGGCAUUCCUGGUUUCGUCGACAUUGACGAGCUGAAGUCGCGCUUCAAUCGUGCCAAGCACAUGAUCCGUAACAAAAAGACUGCCCUGUUUGGCCACAACCUCUUCCUGGAUCUCAUCUACUUCUACAGAACUUUCAUCGGAGCGUUGCCUGACACCGUGGAGGAGUUUGGCAGUCUGAUCCAUGAACUCUUCCCGAUCAUUGUCGAUACAAAGUACAUGGCUACUCACAACUGCGGAGACAUCAACCCACAAUCCUCUCUCGAACAAAUAGCAGAAAAGCUUGCCGAACAACAGAAGCCUAGUGUCACCAUACACGAGAAGCACAACAAGUACACCGACACAACAGCUUUCCAUGAAGCUGGCUACGACAGCAUGCUUACCGCCGAAGUCGCCGUGCGUCUCUCAGCAAAGCUCGAACUCGCUGGGAGUCACGACCAGGAGGACAAGCAAAACACAAUUCCUCCUACUCCGCCGGAUGUUGAUGCUGGUGGUGUGCAGCUGGAGACUAGUACGGCAUCUGUGAUCGAUUCAGCUAUUGAUAGCGUCAGAGGCCUUCUGCAAGCACCGUUCAAGGUCUUGGGAGGGCAAAAGACAUCACCUGAAGAACAGCCCAUCACACGGACCGAGCAACCACCACACAACAAGUCAACACCCGAAGACUCGCUAGCCGAGAAGACCGCCGAGCUAGACAUCACAGAGAAUGACUUUAGCACAACAAGCAAGAAAUCCAAGAAGAAGAAAAAGAAGAAGAACAAGAAGUCCAAGACAGCCGACUCUACACCCUCGACACAGCAAGGUGGCCGCUUCGCCCACGCCACAGCGUUCGACCAACUCCAAGAUACCCAAGAAGAAGAGGACGAAGAAGAAGCCGAAACCACGACAGAAGAGAUUCUACAAUUCGACUCCUUGCCCUCGGAAACCGCACAUGCUUCUGAUCCCGUAGUGGCAGACACAGAUGGUGUUUCUGACCCUCUGGUGGGAGCCAGUUGGGACAGUAUACCAGCAUUGGCGGAAAGUGAUGCGUGGAAGGCACGUGAAGCUGAGGUCGGCACAAUGAUGCCCUCCUUCACAUCUGAUUUCUGGAAGGUAUAUGGAAACAAGCUACGUGUCUUUGGCACUCAGGAGGGAGUCGCCAUGCUUGCACCGCUUGCCUGAGAGUACGGAGAUCGACUAUUACUAUCCACUUAUCAAGCAGAAAGGGGGUCAGGCCAAGGAGGAUUGAUCACGAACAACUAGUCAAUUUCAUCUGCUCUCUCUCGCUCCGAGGUCGUGUAGAAUGGGAAUUGCAAUCACGGUCGGAUAUCGGACCUGCAAGAGAUCCCCCUCGGACGUUGGCGAGAAUGAUUGAUUUCCUUUCAGAGUCGAUCAACAAGGGCUAAAAAAGGGACAUCGACUGACAACAAUCCCAUUCUCUCCACUAGAAACCCACCUUUUUGCGAAAGUGGGUUUUAUUUGUUUUCCUCAAAUAAAAAAAAACAGUUCCAAAAAUUGAGUAAAUGCCAAGGGUCACUGCCCAACCC